UGCCACCAUUCUUGAUUAUUGUCAUUGUAAAGUAUAUAUAUAUAUAUAUAUAUAUAUAUAUGCUAAUUCUAUCUUAUUUUCUUUUAAAAAUCAAUUCCACAGAGGAAAAGGAAGUGGGAUAAAGAGUACCCUUCCUUUCCAGAAAAGAGUCCAUUACAGGUCAGAAGAACAAGUCUUAAGACAGUGGACACAGCUACCACCUCCCUCUCUGAGGCAUGGCUCAAGUGUGGAGAAGGAUUUCAAGACACUUCUGAAACUUUGCCAAUAGUUGCCAAUAAGGCAACUAUUAUGGAAAAGGAUAUUGACUUAUCUCCAAGACCAAAGAAAGAAACUGCCACCUCCAGUACCGUUGAGCUCACAAAUAUAACAUGGAGUUCCAGUGGAAGUGACCUGUCAGAUGAAGACAGGACAGUUUUUAAAUUACAGAGCAAUAGUGGGAGAGGCUCUGGAAUCCGCAGGAAUACUUUGUGUCCAGAAGACGGGUCUAGUGAAGGUGAAGUACAGUGUAUUGACUGGGACAUGGAUAGUGACAGGGAAGACGCUAGCGACGGCGAUGAGUCUGAAGAUGGAGAGGGCGCUGUGGACAUCUCGGACUGCGCUUCUUGUGCGAGUAGUCAUUCUUUGGCAAGCGAUGACAGGAAGCCUGAGCUCCUUAAGGCAGUUUCUACAGAAAUUUUAGAAUAUUCAUCAGAUAGUGACAAAGAAGAUGGCCUGGAGAAUAACUUGGUUAUUAAUUCAGAAUCUCCUCACAAAUACCAUGUGGAUUCUGGACCCAGUGUGAGUCCGGUUCUGGACAGACUUACAGUCUCAAGUGUGACCUCAACAGAGCCCAUCUUCUGUACCCCCCAGAAACAGACAGCCAAGUCUCCCAAGACGCCAGAAAGUUCAUCAAAGAACAAAAAACUUAUAAGGGGUGGCCUAGCAGAAAGACUCAAUGGACUGCAAAAUAGAGAGAGAUCUGCCAUUUCUUUGUGGAGAAUUCAAUAUGGUUCUUACCAAAAGACACUUCCAGGAUUCAUAGAAUACUUACUGGAUGAAGUGAUAUUUUGGCUAAGUCUUGCAGUAUUUAUGGAAAAUCCUGCCCUGCUGGCACAGAAAUGGCCUUGUGGACAAUCUGGAGUAUUAACUGUAAAGAUUCUGGAGCUCCAUGAGGAAUGCAGCAUGCAGGUUGCGGUGUGUGAGCAGCUAGCGGGCCCGCCAGCCACCAGCCCCACCCACAGUGGGCCCCCAAGGCCCGGAGCUCGCCUGAAGGUUCUCUUCACCCGAGAGGUGGCGGGACACCUCCGGGGCCACCCCGAGGACAUCAUCCACAUCUUCCCUCCCUGGCAAAAACUUGUUAUGCCGAAUGGAAGUUGCCCAAUUAUUCUGAAUGCUUACUUUUGCCAGAAAAUCAUUGCCAAAGAAGAUUCAAAAACAACUCAUGAAAUGUAUACCCCCCUACCAAGAAGAAACAUCACUUUGGCCCAGAUCUUUCAGAUUAGGGAUCUAAUCAGUAAUUCACCUAAAAGCCAGGUUGUAUGUAGUGAUCUGGCCACUGCCAGCAUAGACUUGAGCCAUGGGCAUGAAGAGACAGAGCAGCAUCCUGCAGCUGGCACUGCCCUGAAGAACUCUCUCCUAGAUAUGGUGGGAAGCCUGGGAACUGCCCCAUGGAACAGAGUGGGGGUCCGAGUGGUAGUGCAGAGAGUUUACUCACUCCCUGGAAGAGAUGGCACCAAGAUCCAGCAGGAGAGCCUCCCGGGGCACACGGACCCACCUGGAGAUCGACUGUGCCUUCUAGUGCAAGAUGCUUGUGGAAUGUUUGGUGAAGUCCACAUGGAGGGAGCUGUCUCACAGAUCAGACAGCUGGAAGGCAAAUCCUGCAGCCUGACUGGAAUGAAGGUUCUACAGAAGGCCACCAGAGUAAGGACACCUGGACUCUUCAGUUUGAUUGACACUCUGUGGCCCUCAGUGAUGCCACUGAAAUCUCCCAGCCAAGACCAGCCCUGUGAAGAAAUGAAAACUAAUCUACCUCCUCCUGCCUUCUGCUAUAUCCUCUCGGCUCUUCCCAACGUGGGACAAAUUGACAUAAUCAAAGAUGAUUCUCUUUUGAAGCUUUACCAGCCUCCAGUGCUCCGCUGCUUAAGAGAACUUGUCCAGAUUCCUGAGGUGGCUACCCGGUGCAGUUUCUAUGCCAGAGUGCUUUAUCAAAGGCCACAGCUGAAGAGUCUCCUUCUUUUGGAGCCAAGGGAGAUUUGGUUGCUGGUCACUGACAGGACCCUGCAAGCCCAGGACGAGAGGGAGCCCCGCCUCCCCAAGACCCUGCCCGUCUGUGUGACCCCCGCGUGUGUGCUGGGCCCUGAGGUCCUGGAAGCGCUCACGGCCGCACCUCACACCGUUCUCUUCAGGGAUGCGCUCCGAGAGAAAGGUCAGAUCAUUUGUGUUGAACGGACCGUCCUCUUGCCUCAAAAGCUGCUUGUGUGUGAGGAUCCUGGUGUUGGCCCCUGGGAACUGCCCGGCCCGGUGACGCUGGACGAACUAAACUCCUUUACACCUGUCAACUCCAUUUGCAGCGUGCGAGGGGCUGUGGUUGGCGUGGACGAGAGCACGGCCUUCUCCUGGCCCGUGUGCGAUCAGUGUGGCAACGGACGACUGGAGCAGAAGCCGGAAGAUGGAGGCUCCUUGUCCUGUGGGCAGUGUGUGAAGGUGGUCACGUCCCCUGUUCUCAGGAGGCACCUGCAGGUCUUUCUGGAAUGCCCUUUGAGGCCUCAGUGCCGCGUGAAGGUCAAGCUGUUACAGAGCAGUAUUUCUUCCCUGCUGAGGUCGGCUGCCUCUGAGGAUGGGGUAAGUGAAGGGAGGCCCAGCCCCCCACCGCCAGUGCCCGCUCCCACCCCGCCCUGCCAUGCCGCGCCGCCACCUUCGUAA